AUGAUUUUAUUUCCAAUACAAGUAUUUCUUUCGAAUCAAUAUAGUUUUUUCCUUCUAUCAAAACUAAAAAUUUCACCAACCGAUCCUCAACGUCGAUCAAUAUCUCAUAUUAAAAAACAUGAUCGACAUUUAUUAUCACGAAAUCAAUUUUUCGAUGAAAAACUUGUUAAUUCAUUUGUUCUUUCAUCAUCUACAUCAGCAAUUCGUAUUACACGACAAGAUGUACCGGAACUACUUGUACCACCAAAACGUUAUGUUUCAUCAUUCAAAACACUUGUUAAUUCAACAAAUAAUAAACAUACCCAACGUUUAAAUUAUAUUAAUGAUAGUGUAAUGAUUUUUAAAUUAUCCAAAGAACAAGCUAGUAAUGGUUCAAUAUCGAAUUCACAAAUGUCAAGUAAACAUUCAUCUUUAUCAACGACGAAUACAAAUAUGUCUUGUAAAAUUCCACAAUCUUCAUCACCAAUAAGAUUAAGUCCAAUAUUAAAGAUAGAAGGGCAAAAACGUCGAAUAGUUCAUCAUGAUUCUCCAAUAAUUGUUCCACCUACAGGUGAUAUAUCGAUUCCUUCGAAUCAAAUGACAAUGAGUACUAGUAGUCAUCUUCAAGCAAAUUCAUCUGUAUUUACUUAUCGAAGUACAGCAGCAAAUGGAAAUACUCUUCGACAAAGAACAAUAGUUGAACCACCCUCAUCUAAUAGUUUAUUAAUAACAGCUGAACGAUUUAAAUCCAAUCUAUCUUCGACAAUUCGUCCAACAAAACAACAAUCAAUGGCAACAGCAUAUGUAUCAUCACAACAGACGAAUAGAAAUCUGCAUCAAAAUGCACGAUCACGGAUUCAUUUAGAAAAAUUAACACAUUCUCGAGAAAAUUAUGAAUAUGCGGAUCCAUUUACUAAUUGUCCUCAAGAUUUAUUAAAUAAAUUAUCACAUCUCACUAAACUUCAAUUAGAUACAAUUGAAUGGGAAAAGAAAAAACGAUUUACGAAGAAAAAAACAAUAUCAAAUGCAUUUAUACAAGGCAAAGACAGUCCAUGA